UUAAACUGGCUGAACUUAAGACUCAACACUUCCCCAAUGCUAACAACAUUAGCUAACUCGUUAAUUCCACGGUAAUGACGGAACUUUCUUUUGAGCAAAGUUUCUUUUGAGAAACGCACUCCGGAUCAACUCCUUUACACGUGUGUGUUUAAUGCGCUGUUGCCGUGGUGAAGUCCAAACGCUUUUCGAAUCGGUUCGCGUGAAUCCUCGAAAAGAACCGGUUCGAAUGAACGACUCGUUCGCGAAUCGGACAUGACUGCUCGUGAGAUCCAUGGCGCACAAUGUCUGUCUGAGAAAUAACAGACCGAGUCCGUCGGCCCAGUUCUUGCUGUAAAGACUUCACAGAGCUCUUCUUCCUCGGUGAAGCCAAACCCGUUCACCGGCUCUCUAACACAACCCAAUGCGAACGAUGUCUGUCUCGCAGACCCAAUGAAAUGAAGAAGACACGGGCUUUACACGCGACAGAAGAGUGUGCUGUCUACAAGACUGAACCCUGUCCACACGUAAGACAUUCUCCAAGACAUCUUGAGGCUGGGUUGUUUUAUCGACGUUCAUAAGGAGACAUGAGGAAGUGCAGUCCAUGGAUGUUUCUGCCUGUAAUGUUUUCUUUCUUCACAGCUGCUGGUCUCUGGGUUGUGUAUUUCAUUGCUGUGGAGGAUGAGAAAAUCACUCCGCUCAGUUCAGAGUACAAGAGGUCAGAAUCAAAAUCUCCCCCAUAUAUCAGCAUUGCAGGCAAUGCCCCACCUGCCAGCUGUGUGUUCAGUCAAGUCAUGAACAUGGCAGCCUUUGUAGGCUUCAUUCUGGGAGUGCUGCGAUAUCUGCAGCUGAAGCCCAGAGUACAUAAACCCUGGCUCAACAUCGGCAGUCUGGUGGCUUUGUCUCUUGCCUGCUUUGGUAUGACUUUAGUAGGGAAUUUCCAGCUGUCCAACGAUGAAGAGCUGCAUAAUAUUGGCACGUCCAUGACCUUUGGUCUAGGAACUCUGUUCUGUUGGGUCCAGUCUUUCAUGACCCUAAAGGUCAACCUGAGGAAUGAAGGCAGGCGAGCAGGAAUCCCUCGCUUUCUGUUGUCCGGAGCUGUAACUUCCUGCAUGUUGCUUUACUUCGCUCUGAUGGCUCAGCGGCUGCACAUGCACGCGGCACGAGCUCAGUGGGCACUGGUCAUGUUCUUCCUAACGUACCUGGGCACGUUCGCCAUCGAGUUUCGGCACUACCACUUCGAGAUCGUCUGCAGCGACGACCAGGACCCUCCACUCAGCCUCUCCGAGAGCUUCUCUGAGGUCUCCGAGUACCAGUCUGACCAGCUCUAGUCUCACUCUUCAGUACACGUGGACCCUCGUACUUCAGUGUUCGCCAGUGAUCAGUCCUGCAUGUAAACUGAAUGUAAUCUCUCUAGAACGACCUUCGGACGAGUACGUCUUCUGAAUGUGUAGAUAGGCUUUUUCGCAAAAGCGUCAGAUUCGCAAAAUGCACAACAAUUUACUGUGUGACGUGUUCCAUGUUCGUGUGUCAGAUGAGCGAAGCAACGAGGACACUUCCGAGAAGAAAAUCUAAAUACGGGAAGUAUUUUGGCAAGAUAAUCCUUUGGAAACGUUCUGUUGUUAUUUACUAAUCCUUUUGGUCAGUUUAAAUCUGUAUGCUGUUCAUUUUUGUGGAAGAUGUAUGAGCUUCUGAAAAAUCUUUACAUGGGAUAAGGGUUUAGAAACUUAAUUUAAAGGGGCAGUUCACCCAAAAAUAAACAUUUUGUCAUUUACUCAACCUCAAGUGUUCCGAACCUAUAGUUUCUAUCUUUCCUUGAACAUAAAUAAAGCUAUUUUGAUUAAACUAUUCUGUAAGGAAACAGUUGCUGGUAGCCAUUGACUACCAUAGUAUGAAAAAACAAAAAUAGAAUGGCUAUCCUCAACAUUCUUUAAACUAUCCUCCUUUGUGUUCAACGGAUCAUACAGGUUUUUUAACAACUUGAGACCGAGUAAAUGUUAUUUGAACUAUAUUUUUGUUCUCAUUGAAUUAUACAUGUUUUGUAUUCAUGUAACCGCAUUACAUUUUGAGCCUGUUCUGCAUAAUCUUACAAGAAGCUUAUGCAGCUUUUUAUACUCGAUGUUGAAUAUCGUAAACCAUCUCUGACAUUGAUAAUCCCAUAUUUUGUUACUAAAACAGACAUCUGUUAUUGGAUGCCGGUCUAAAUGUUGCAAGUGUGAUUUGUUCGAUGUAUCCGUUUGGAAUAAAAUUUUACAACAACGUU